CGCCGAAACAAACCACCGCCGGCCGCCGAGUUUAGCCACCGAGCUGCGCGUGCGCAUCCAACGGGCUGGCGUCAGGACGCGCCCGCUUCCAGCGACCUUUAUCCACUCUUUGACGAGCCUCCUGUCCUGAUCUCUCUCUCCCACGGAAGCUUUGUCCAUCCCCACCUCUGGAAUCCAUCGCUCCUCGGCCCCAAACCGAACACCUCACGUGCGCGCCACCGCCUCGCCGGCUCCGCAGUCUCUCGGAAUGAUCUAGACCCUCGCUGAUCUGACGAGACCGAGGCGCGCGGCUCCCCGCUGUUCGCACCGAACCUCGCCGGCGUAGAGGGGCACGCAGGCGCGCUGCGAGUUCGUCCAUGGGGGCGCUCGUUUGGCUAAGACCGGCCGCCCGGGUCCUUGCUCCUGCCCCGCACAUCCCCACUGGUCCCUCCUCCGCGCACGAGGUGGUCGGCGGUGGUAUGAAGGGCCGGCCGCGGCGGGUGUCCGUUGCGCUCCGAUGCCCGGACCCGCGGGUGCUCCAGGCGGGGAGGUGGCGAUGGACGGUUGCGAGAUCGGAUGUCACCGCCGGUGGCGCCGCGGCUGCCGCCGGGCCAGAGGAUUCCUCGCAGGCGCUGCCAGACCUGCAGCUGGUUUCAAGGAUCAGAGGUGUCUUCUUCUACAUCGUGACUGCUGUUGCGGCAAUUUUUUUGUUUAUAGCUAUGGUUGUGGUUCAUCCACCUGUGCUGUUAUUUGACCGACACCAUAGGAGAGCUCAGCAUUACAUUGCGAAGAUUUGGGCUACUUUGACAAUUUCCAUGUUCUACAAGCUUGAAGUUCAGGGAAUGGAGAAUCUACCUCCAAAUAGUAGCCCUGCUGUCUAUGUUGCUAAUCAUCAGAGCUUCUUGGAUAUCUAUACCCUUCUUACGCUAGGAAGGUGCUUCAAGUUUAUAAGCAAGACCAGUAUCUUCAUGUUUCCAAUUGUUGGGUGGGCGAUGUAUCUCUUGGGUGUCAUUCCUUUACGGCGUAUGGACAGCAGGAGCCAGCUGGAAUGUCUUAAACGGUGUGUGGACUUGGUGAAAAAAGGAGCAUCUGUAUUUUUCUUUCCGGAGGGGACUCGAAGUAAAGAUGGAAAGCUAGGUGUAUUUAAGCGAGGCGCAUUUAGUGUUGCUACAAAGACCGGAGUUCCUGUUAUACCUAUCACUCUUCUCGGGACAGGGAAGCUGAUGCCUCCUGGAAUGGAAGGCAACCUUAAUUCAGGUUCAGUAAAGGUCAUUAUUCACCGUCCACUUGAAGGGAAUGAUGCAGAGAAAUUAUGUUCUGAAGCAAGGAAUGUGAUAGCAGACACUCUUGUUCAGCAUGGUUAUGGAGUGCAAUAGAGCUGGUGCUUUUGCUUAUUAUAAUUGAUUAUAGAACCCAUCCCACGGCUCAAGGUCUGAAGGCAAAGAUUGUUUACAGGGAGUUAUGGAGAAGCUUGGAUAUCUAUAAUUAUGAGAUGUGUUACUCCUGUGAGUUUCGAAAUGAAGGUUCAUGCUGAAUCGCUACCUUCUUUCCGACCAAGUAGAGGUAUCAAGCAAGGAGAACAAUUUCACCAUAUCUUGUCAUCUGCAGAGAGGGUCUAUCGUGUUUGCUUAAAAGCUAUGAUGGUGGCUCGAUUGACAGAGUCAGGGUGAGCUACCAGGCACCAUGGAUUUAUCAUCUACUUUUCACUAUGACUGUUAUGCAUAAAGAUGAUGUUGGGAGUACCCGUAGACUAGAUAACAUCUUAGUGAGCUAUAGUAGAGCCGUAGAUGUUCAGGGCAGAAGGUAAACAAAACAAAAGAUCUCAAUUUUUUAUAGUCUGAAUGGUGUAAACCCGGUGAGGACUAUGGUGUGGAUUCUUCAGGCUGGCAGAGAGGUAAUCGGGAAAAUACUUGGGUCUGCCUACUGCUUCGGGCAGACUCAUGCAUAUACAAUUUGAGGCUUGAGCAUCUGGUAGAAAGAACAAGAUCUUGUGUCCAGGGAUGGUGUGAAAAGAAACUCUCCUGUGCAGAAAAUGAGGUGUUUAUUAUGUUGGCAAUCCAGUCUCUUCCAACCUAUUCUAUGAGUUGCUUCAAACUCACAAAUGGUUUAUGCUCCAAGCUGACGACGAUUGCAUCCAAGUACCGGUGGAGUCGAUCAUUAGAGAAGGAAUGCAUUGGCGGCCAUGGGAGAAGAUGAUAAGAAGGGAAUGCUCCAGGGGUUAAAGAACAUGCAUGUGCUUUGGCUUCCAGGUGAAAGCCUCUGGCUUCUAGGGUUUCAAUCUCUUGUUGGACACGAUGUAAGUGUUGCGGCACAUCUGUGAUUCUGUGUGCCAAAGAAGCUCUUAGCAUUAUCUCUUUUACUCUCUAUGAUGAUGUAAUUCCUGGUGUCUUGACUGGCGUUAUCCAGUCAGACUGUAACCAGUACCCUUUGUACACUUGUAUUACAAUGAAAGAAAAGCAGACUGAAGUUAUUCUGCAACUGCGCAAA